GCUAAAUAAUAGGAUAGUUAUUGCAUGACCAAGAGAACUUGGUAAAUAUAGACCUCGGCUAUAACCAAACCGAAAACACUGAGUCAAUGCAGACGGGGCUCUAAGGGAAGCCAUCAUAAAUUCAUUCGUACCAGACACAGCCUAACACAACUUGCUAUCAUCGGCGUGUCAUUAUAACUAAUAGCAUAUACUAGAGAACAUUUAAUUUCAAAGUUGAGAUUGGAAAGUGAAGACAGUAACCUUGAAGAAUGGUAUCCUAUUUAGUCGCACUUUUGUGUAUUCUAACUUCAAGUGAUAUUGCAGUUUCAACAGAGUUUACGACACAAGGACCGGAUGAUGAAGAAACUGGUAGUUGUAAUAAAUACCAAUAUACUUGCAAUACAAAUGAGCUAAAAUGCAUACCUUGGAUGUGGAAGUGUGAUGGUGCUAACGAUUGCAACGAUGGAUCAGAUGAAAUUGACUGCCCCCAUGAUUCAAGCUCAGUUCUAUUAAGGACAUUGGAUACUGAAUACUCAGGAUAUGAUGGCUGGUACAACAAUCCUUCUAAUCCUAAUUGGGGUGCUGCAGAUAUGCCCCUUCGUAGGCUUGUUCCUCCUGCCUACUCAGAUGGCUCAUACAAACCAUCAGGAAACAAUAGACCGUCGCCAUUAGAAGUAAGUGAAGCUGUUAUGAAAGGAGAGACCGGUCAUCAAUCAUUUCUGAAUAGAACUGUCAUGAUGACUUUUUUUGGUCAACAAGUUGUAGAGGAAAUUUUAGAUGCUCAGAGACCAAGUUGUCCACCAGAGUAUUUCAACAUUCCUAUUCCUGAAGGACAUAAAUUUAAAGUCACCGAAGAUUUUAGCAUGCCCUUCUUAAGGACACGAUAUGAUGAGAACACCGGAAAAUCUCCAAAUAAUCCUCGUCAACAGUUAAAUGAAGUGACCCCAUUUUUAGACGGAGGACUAAUCUAUGGAACAUCAAAGGCAUGGGCCGACGCAUUAAGGGAAUUUGAAGGUGGCAGGCUGACUAAAAGCUCUCGUGGUAACUAUCCUCAAGAAAAUGACAUAGGACUCCCAAUGGCAAACCCACCACCACCAGUCGAGGCUUCUAACCAUACUUUAAAAAAUGCUGAACGAUUUUUUAAGUUGGGCAAUCCACGUGGUAAUGAGAACCCAUUUUUACUAACUUUCGGCAUUUUAUUGUUUCGCUACCACAACCACUGGGCUAAUUUCUUUGAAUCAAGUGAGCCUAAUUGGAAUGAUGAGAAAAUUUUUAAUGAAGCGCGGAAAUGGACAAUUGCUAUUUAUCAAAACAUUGUGUUGUAUGAGUGGUUACCAGCCUUUUUGAACCUCCGUGAAAUACCUCAAUAUACAGGUUAUAAGAAGCACGUCCAUCCAGGUAUUACACAGGUGUUUCAAUCAGCAGCGAUGCGAUUUGGACAUACUUUAGUUCCACCGGGUGUUAUACGUAGAACUGCAGACUGUGAGUAUAUGAAGACGUCGAAACAUUCAAGUCAUCAUCCCAAUAAAGAAGCCAGUAGCGGGAAUUAUGGAGUCAGGACAUGCAAUUCAUAUUGGAACCCUCAGGUUGGUUUAAUAGUUUCAAUAAUUUUCCAGCACUUGACAAAUAAUUGAUAAUAGGCCUAAUUGAUUUAUAUAUUGAUUUACUGAUAUACUUAUGUAUUGAAUUUACUAGGCCUUG